AUGGCAAAGUGGGCUGUCGAGCUAACGGAGUAUGAUAUUGAAUAUCGCAAUAAGACAAGUGCUAAAUCGCAGGUCCUCGCAGAUUUUCUGGUAGAGCUUUCGCCAGAGCUAAUCCAGACCGACCUACCUGACGAGAAGUGGUCCUUGUACGUCGAUGGAUCCUCCUCGUCCCGAGGCGCAGUUAUCGGCAUCCGCCUAGAAUCUCCGACGAAAGAGAUAUUGGAGCAAUCGUUCCGGCUCGAAUUUCCAGCCUCCAAUAAUGAAGCAGAGUACGAAGCUUUACUCGCAGGACUACGUCUAGCGCAAAGAAUCGGGGUCAAAAAAAUCGAAGCUUUCUGCGACUCCCAGCUCGUUGCUAGUCAGUAUAGCGGCGAUUACGACACCAGAAACGACCGGAUAGAUUUGUAUCUUAAAGCCGUCAAAAACCUCACUGAUCGCUUUGAAUUUUUCUCACUCACCAGAAUUCCGAGGAGUGACAACACCUCAGCAGAUGCACUAGCCGCCCUUGCAUCGACGUCCGAACCACAUCAAAGGCGCGUAAUCCCGGUCGAAAGCAUCGAUUCCCCCAGCAUCGUCCUACCUCGAGGAGUAUGCACGGUUCGAGAACUCGAAGCGAACAGAUUGGACGCCAUCGAGUUACCUCCCCCGGAGGUCAUCGAUGAACCUGCCGAACAAGAGCCAGCAACCGAAGACUGGAGGAUCGAAAUCUUGCUCUACAUUACAAACGGCCAAGUCCCACCCGACCGAUGGGCAGCGAGACGCUUAAAAGUUCGAAGCGCUAAAUACAUUCAGUCACACGGCAACCUCUAUCGUUGGAGCUCGACGGGCGCCCUGCUCAAUUGUCUUCAUGGCGAAGAGACACUCGAUGUCAUGCGGGAAACACAUGAAGGAGCGUGUGGAAAUCACUCCAACGGUCGAGCUCUCGCUCUAAAAAUCAAGAACCACGGUCAUUUUUGGCCGACAAUGCUUACCGAUUGCGAUCGAUUCGUAGCUCGCUGCGAGCAAUGCCAACGACAUGCGCCAAUGAUCCACGCACCAGCCGAGCUUCUGGCUGCUUCCUCGCCACCUUAUCCCUUUAUGCGAUGGGCGAUGGACAUCGUCGGUCCACUUCCUCGAUCCCGACAAACACGAUUCAUGCUUAUCAUCACCGAUUACUCUACGAAAUGGGUCGAGGCCGAAUCGUACGCCAAAAUCAAAGCAACCGACGUGAAGAACUUCGUCUGGAAAAACAUCAUCUGCCGCCACGGAUUACCCUACUAG